AUGGAAUUUGGCAAUGCAGUCGAGAAAGAGUUGCAGAAAGAGGGUGUUUGGGUGCCAUCAACUCCCGUAAAACCUGUUGAGGUGAGGCCCGGGUUGGAGUCCGGCAACAGGGGAUUUUUGGUUCAAAGUGGUUCACCAAGCAGAUUGCAAGAGGCUGGGAAUAUUAAUGCCACAAUUGCCACAGAUAAGAACAAAGGUUUAUACAACUGGGAGGAGGCGGUGUUGGCUACGAGAAAAGCGGCUGCCAAAUCAGAUUUUAUAGAUUGGAAUAAAAGAAAUUAUAAUGUAGACGAUGUAUUAGUUGGGAACCAAAGAACAGAUAAUCGUAAUGAAACAUACACCUGUGUGGGUUAUUGCAGCAGUUCUGGAGUUUUGGAGGGGGUGAAAUGUGGAGAGAGUACUGCUGAUGUGGUUGAGAAGAGUUGUUUCACCGUUUCAGGGAGUUUGAGCUGUGGUUUUGAUGAGUGUGGUGCGAAACUGGCAGGUAUGGACAAUACUAGCUUCGUAGAGGUUUUGGUUUUGCCUGAUAAAAGUUCUUUAGCCUCUGAAACAUCUGAAAUUUCAACAUCAGAGGUUGUGGUUGAUGGAAUGUCAAGUCUUCCGUGUCCUGCUUCGGAUUUUGAAACUGAGAGCAGCAUCAACACACCCAGAACUUUGGGAAAGACAGAUGAGAUUGUGCAUCAACAAAGAGAGAAGAAUGAAGCACCUUGCUCAGGGAAUGAAAGCAACAAGCUCCAUGUUAAUGAAAACUCACAGGACAACAUUGAAUCAUCUUCUUUCACAGUAUUAACUCCAUCAGAGAAGCAAAAUGCAAGAAAGAGACAGAACAGUGGCAUAGACUUGAACAAGAAGCCACGACAAAGACCCAGCGUGAGAAAACAUAGACCAAAAGUAGUAGUCGAAGGCCAACCCAUAAAAAAUCCAAAAUCUUGUCCAUCAAAGCUUUCGACUUUAAAGCCUCAGACUGUCAAGCCUUCAUCUCGAAAACCUCAAACUCCAAAACCUCUAACUCCAAAACCACGAACUCCGAAGCCUUCUACUCCGAAACUUCAGACUCCAAAGCCUUCAACUCUAAUGCAUGCUAUUUCCAAGAGAAGUCCACAUAAGAAGAAAUACAUGAGGAAGAAUAGCCACAAAGUCUUGGCCAAUACUUCAGAAGAUGCUGAUGAGCAAGCAUUUGAUAUGAAUCCUCAAUAUUCUACAAUAUCAUGCAGGCGAGCUUUGAAUUUUAACUUGGAAAACCAGGUGAGAGAUGAUGAUGAUGUUAGGGAAAUUGUAAAUUUAAACAUAAGUCCAAAUGAGAAACAAAAUUGCAUAUCAAAAAAUUGCCUUAAAGCCUCAACAAAGCCCUCUGAAGAUGUUAGUCAAAUAGUUGAUCAAAAUCCUGAAGACAGAGAAAAACCAUGCUUGCAGGCUCAGAGUUGUAAUUUGGAAAAAUCAUGCAUUGAUGGGAAAGUAGUUGUUCAAAAUCCUGUACAUGCUGAAAAGUUAUAUUGGCAAACUCUGAAUGUCAACUUGGAAAAGCAUGGUUGUGAUGAAAAAGAUGCCAGAAAAAUUGUUCAUCAAUAUCAACGUAGAAGUAAGAGUGUAGACAAAUCCUUGUGCAACUUAGACUUCAACCAAAAUUUGGAAUCUCAGGAGGUUGGCAAUGAUAUCAACAAUGUGAAGUCCAAGAAGGGCAACAAGCAGAUGGCUGGAAACCUGGCAGGCAUAGCAUAUGGUAAUACCCAUGCUGAGAGUUGCUCACAGACAGACAAGUCACUGGCAGAAAGAGUGGGUGCAACUCACCAGAAGGAUCUCUGUGCUACUAGCACUACUCAAACUGGUUGCAAGUACAAUUCCUUGCAUGUGUAUCAAAGAAGAUCCCAGCGAGAUCAAUGUCUAAAAUAUAGCAGGAAACUUGGACCAAAUUUUCCAAGAAAAUACAAGAAAAUAAGGACGAGGCGGCGAAAGGCAACCAUACCAAAUGCUUUCUGGUCUAUUAUAGCUGCAGAUGAUGGUCAGAGAGAGGUGAAAGCACAAAAGAGGAAAAAAGUGACUGUCAGCCUUAGUACAUCAAGAAUCAGCAAGAGAAUCAGUAAGAAAGGAUUGUCUCAGCAAUUGACCCAAACAACGGCAGCAGUUGAAGAUCCAGAAUCUUUUAAGGGUUUGCUCCUGGGCUUGUCCCCCCUGGUAAAAGUUAAAAGGAAGAGAUCCAAGGGGCUUCGUCAAAGACGCAACUUCGUUUCCCCAGUGGCAAAUUCAGCCACAGAAGAACAAACCAAGGCAGCAAUUGAUGAAGCAGAAUUGCUCAAGUGUGCUCUGACCUUGCACCCAGUUGAAACAUUUAGAAGGAAGACAUCCAAGAGAUUUACUGGAAGGCACAACAUGGGUUCAGCAAUUGCAAGUUGUAACUUAGCUUCCAUGGAAGUUCUGGUUGCAGAAAACAAGAUACAAGAUAAAAUGCAUCCCAUUGGUGAUAAUUCAGUAUUUUACCAUAAUGAAAGUUGCCCCCAAAAAUGUGAGGAUAUGGUGCUUGAGGUAGAAGAUGGCCCCCAAAUGUUGAAGCCUCUCAAUGCAGAGAGGCCACAUGACGCAUUUGUAACAGCAUUGCUCGACUAUUCCAUCAAGAAACUAGAGUGUCUACACAUCAGUGACGAUUAUGGCGUCCCUGUGCAAAAUACCCAUGGCGCACUAAUUCCUUACAAGGGGCAAUUUGAUCCAUCCAAGAAGCAUAAAUCACCACCCAAGGUUGAUCUUGAUUCUGAGACUAUGCGAGUGUGGAAAAUGCUGAUGGAGAAUGAUGAAAGUGAAAUUAUUGAAGAAGCGAACGAAGAUAAGGAAAAAUGGUGGGAAGAACAGAGAGAAAUAUUCAGUGGACGGGUGGACUCAUUUAUUGCCCGUAUGCAUCUUAUCCAAGGUAUAACUCUAUUGCAAUUUGCAUUUGAAGUUACAACUCCUCUUAUUCACCAUGAGACAAUCUUUGAAAAUGGAACACCAUCAACACAUUUUACCAUGACUACAUUGUUCUGUCUUCAUGUCCCUUGCGGCGCGAUUUCCCUUCAUCCUACAAGCAACAAUGGAGAAUGCGCCACUGAGGAAGAAAUCUUACAUAGCCAAGAAUCAGUUGGAAGUAAUAUAGUGACAGAUGAGUCAACAUAUUAUGAAAAUGGCAAGCACCCAUUUGCCUGUGACAGUGUAAAAGAUAUGAGUCAUGAUUUUGUUCAGAACAGAGAAGAGACUUCCACUGGGGUAGGAAUGCCAAUCUCAGAUAUAACUGACCUUGAAGGUACACAUCCAUCCCUCAUUUUGUCUAGUUGCCAUGAGUUCUGUCCUAAAAUUCCAUAUGCCCCUUCUAAUCUAGAUUUGGAUUCUUUAGACUUGGUGGGAGAGUUCGGAUUUAAUCAAAAAAAGGAAGGAGGGGAGAUAAGCAAACAUCAUGGACAUACAGAGCUCCCUGGAAGUGAAACUAUAAUUCAGCAAAAGACCACACCCAUAGCUCAAGAACCAACAACAGUUGACCCAUAUGCAACAUUAAGCAAGUUCCAAUUGUCCACCAAUUGCAGCUUACAUACAGAAGUCAUGACUAGAAAAACCCCACUUUCGAGCAACAAUCACCCUACCCAAAAUAAAAUGAUAUCCAAAACUGAAAUUACCUCCAAAAAAAAGAAAAGCAAGUUUGAGGAAAAGCAAGAAAAUACAAUUAACUGGGAUAAUUUAAGGAAAAUUUAUUCCAAGGAUAGAACUAGAAAACCUAUGGAUAAAAACAACGAUUCCAUAGAUUGGGAGAGAGUUAGGGGUGCAUCAGUUGAAGUGGUUUCCAAGACUAUAAUGGAAAGAGGAAUGAACAACAUACUUGCAGCAAGAAUAAAGGAGUUCCUUGAUCGAAUGGUCAAAGAUCAUGGAAAAAUUGAUCUUGAGUGGCUGCGAGAUGUUCCACCAGACAAAGCAAAGGAGUACUUGUUAAGCAUACGAGGACUGGGGUUGAAGAGUGUCGAGUGUAUACGUCUUCUGACACUUCAUCAUCAUGCCUUCCCAGUUGACACAAAUGUCGGUCGGGUAGCAGUGCGUCUAGGUUGGGUUCCCCUGCAACCACUUCCUGAUGCAGUUGCAAUACAUCUGCUAGACCA